AUGACAAUGACAUUUGACAAUCGACUAAUUUUACGCAUAAUUUUGAUUGUUCAAUCUUCAUGUAAAUAAAAAGAUUAUUUAUUCAAAAUGUUUCGCCGCACAUUCUCCGUUCUUCGCGGCCUGAGACCUUUAACGACUCCUUUUUACAAUAUUACCAGAGUUAUCCCAAAUGAACAUCGCUGUUUUUCCGCAUUAUCUAUGAAAACCAAUCUUUCUUUAACCAAUGUCAGCCCCCCAACUACCCAUUUGGUGAACAACAAGCAAAUUUUAGAUGUAUGCUGGAACAUCGAAGCAGUCCCAGUUAGGACUGUAACCAAAUUUAGCCUGAAGAAGGGUAAGCGGAAAACAGUAAAGCCUGCAAUAAAAAGAUUCUUCAGAUUACAUUGGGGUGGAUGGAUCAGAACAAAAGUAGGAAGAAACAAGAAAAUGUGGAAGAAAAGUUUAGCACAAAGAAGGCGUUUGAGGCAACAUGUAUUCUGUAACUCUACACAAUCUACUCUACUCGAUAAAAUGGUAACCAAGUUUUGGAAGAAACCCAAGUAUUAUGUUGAAGAUCCUUAUGCACCAUACCAUACAAGGGAAGAGUUUUAUAUAACAAGAAAGAAGCCUGCUAAUCAUUAAUUGCUUAAGUUUUAAACAGUAGUUAUAAUAAAAUGUUACAUAGGUAA